UUGGGCGCCGGCUGAUUGCAUAAAAUUCCGUGGUGUGCAAAUGGCGAAUUCUUUGGCGAACCCAACGAGGUCAUUGCGUUGUUAAGUUUCUUGUUUUCUCGACUCAGUUCAGCUGCACUGUGAGAGUCUGCAAGUAUAUACUAGGCUAGUAGUAGUCGUCGUAGCAUAUAGCUUGGUGAAACGAGUUAAAACUGAACGAGACCUUCAAAAACAUUCAAACGACGAUGAGGGAUACGGGUUUUGUGCUAAAAUACUUCCUCUGCUGGAGAGAGAAUAACCGCUCAAGGACGAAGCCGCAUUUUUAUCACGGAGGCGUGUCGAUUGCUCGUUCGGCCAAUAGCGGACCGAUGGCGACGUUGAGAGUCCCGCGUGCAAACAACAUGACACUGCCAGACGUGAACUGGCAGUCAACGGCGAACGAAACGAAAUAUUCAGCGCGUUGACGCAAGUGUGUGAACAUUUCAACCGUGUGUGGUAAUAUUCGUUUCAUCCAAAGAGAGUCUGCUGCCUGGGUUUUGGUUUUUUUUUUUUAAAUCACUUGGAAAUUAGAGAGGAGUAUAGACGUCGUGACCUUGUUGCCAAAUCGGGUGGAAAAUGUCUUUACUCUACACUCGGAGAAGACGCAGCCAAAGUUUUGGCAGUUUCGGUUCUUUCAAAGAACAAUUGGCGAUGGAGAAACCUGCCAAACCGGAAUUGAUCGAAGGUUACGCUCACAUCUGCUUCGAUGAGCUCGGGCUUUGGUUUCGCGGAAUUCUGUCCACACCCGACGGCCAAUCAUCGUACAACUUGUCGGGAAAAAGAACACAGCUCACGAUGACCGAAGAAAGGGAUGACGGAGGUGCUCCCGAUGUUAUCCGUGAUUUCCCGUCGCCACUGCGUACACCGAAUUCCGGAUCGGUGGAAAUGAGGUCGCCGGAAUUCAACAGCAUCACUUCUGGCUGCGUUAGCCGCCAAGACUCGAUCGAUAGCCGGACGGAGCGUGAACUUCAAUUCAUUCUGGAAGAAUUGCCCAAUACGAAACGUGACAUUAGUCCGCCUGCGCCUUACAGCCAAUCAGAGCCAGUUUCACGACCAGGAUCACCUCCCUCGACACAACAGAUCGUUCGAGCACUAGACAAUUUGCUUAUUUCGAGCCCUACGGUCUGCACCGUCAAUUCAUUUCCAUCCGACUACAACAACGCGUCGCCAAUGUCUCCCUUCCGCAGCCGGAGUGGCAGCCGCUCACAGAUGAACGUCGACACUGUUUCCGUAGUGUUUGACGUCACCGUUUCUGAUUUGGAAGAAGGAUCCCAACAUUGCAUUCGCAGCGUGUCCGGCCGCAAAGGAAACACUCUGACGCUGCGGAACAAACAACUCUGUUUCGUGACUGAACGAUCUUUUUGGGGUCAGCGAGCAGACAUGAUCAUUCAGAAACAAUUAGCGGCUCCCGACUUGGUUGGGCAGGGAUGUCACGUUUUUGCUGGUCCAAUGCGUUUCUAUUUUUACAAUAGUUUGACAUCGUCAGGAGCUUCCUCGUUGACCAAUUGGUGCUGGUAGAAGAAAAUCACUUUGGUGCCCCUCGAGAUCUGGUGAUGCGUGUUGACAGUUCAAUCUCUUUUGAGAUUGAUGUUGUUAAAGCUAAAGAUGAAAUUAUUCUAGAUAAAUUGAUGAAGAGCUUUGAUUUUUUUUGUUUGGUCGUGCGAGUUUCGACUCUGGGUUGACGAUUUUUGCAACUAAAUUGACCCUAUUGUUGUCCAUGUUAUUAUGAGAUUGUGUAUCUAAUAAUGUGAACGUGUAGAAAUAUUCCACUUUAUUAUUAUCUUUGUCUGGAGAAUGAAAGUGAGGGUUUCAAAUACAACCGUUUUGUUUCCGUCGCCCCUCUGGAAUAUUCGGUCAUGUCUAAAUAAGUUUGUUAACCUUGUUCUCUUUUCUUUAUCUUUUGAUCUUGAAUUUCAAUUGCAGACAAACACAUUUGGAUAUCACACGGACUUCAACAUUUCAUCUGCUGUAAAUAUCCGCAAUCACAAUAUUAACAAACUUACACAGACUUGCUAACUGGCUGUAAAUAUAAUAUGCCAUUCUCCUGAUAUUGAUAAUUUUAGGCUGGUCAUUGUCGUGUUUUUGUUGCAAUACACUUUAAUCUUCGUCA